GAGUGGUGGCGAUACUACAUUGUCGAAGCCGCUGCUGGGCUCCCCGAGGACAAACCUGCACGUGCCGGUUUACAGCCCGUACGGCGGCAAAGAGGUGGUCCAGACCGAGGCGUCCCCAAGCGAUUGCCACGCAUGCCUCAGCGGCAUCUUCUCCGGACGGGGAGGCAGCGGCAGCGAGAGCAGCAGAGAGGUGGCCUUGGUGAUCAGGUCUUCGGUCUGGAUCAACGCCGUGCUUUUUCUGGCCAAGCUGUACGCGUUCAUAGUGUCCCGCUCCCUGGCCGUGCUGGCGUCGCUGGUAGACUCCGGAAUCGACCUGCUCGGCCAGGGCGCGUUGAUGUGGACGAACCACCUCGCCCAGCGCGGCACGCAGGAGGAGUACCCGGUGGGGCGCACGCGCCUCGAGCCGGUUGGGGUGAUGAUUUGCGCCGUCGUCAUGGGCAUGGCGUCCAUCGAGGUGAUCAGCACCUCCUCGAUGAAGCUGGUCCAGUACUGGGACAGCGAGCCCCCGCCGCUGGCCUUCCGGUGGGACACGGUUCUCCUGCUCGUGGGCAUCAUCGGGCUCAAGUGGUUCCUCUACCUGUGGUGCACCAGGGUCGCGGAGCGCAGCCCCCGGAGCGACGCCGUGGAGGCCAUCGCGCAGGACAACAAGAAUGACGUCCUGUCGAACCUGGCGGCUCUCGUGGCGGGCGAGGACGUGGAGGCUCGGCUCGACAGGGCCAGGGAGGACCGCGACCUGAAGGCGGCCCUAGCGGAGCUCGCGCCCCCGUGGGGCUCGGAGCCCUCGGAGGCCGCGGCGGGGGGCGCCUGUGGCGCGCUGCUGCGGAUGCUGCUGGACGCCCCGGGCGCCGCGGCGGCGCUGCUGGAGCUCGGGGGCGUCGAGGAGGCCGUCGCGGCCAUGAGGCGCUUCCCGGGCAGCCCCAGCGUGGCGGAGGAGGCCUGCGGCCUGCUGUGGAGGCUCGUGCAGUCGAACGGCAUGGUCGCCGCCACGGCCGUCAUCGAUGCCGGCGGCUUCGACGCGAUCAGUGCCGCCCUGGGCAGCUUCGCGGAGGGCUCGGCCGCGCACGAGGCGGUGCUGCUCCUGGCCUCCGUGCUGGCGGACUGGGGCCUGGUGAGGGUGGACCCGCCGACGGAGCUGGUGCAGUCGGAGGUAAAGGGGCGAGCCUUCGCGUACGUGACGGCCGUGGGGGAGCCCAGGGAGGUCAAGCUGGGGCUCGUGACUGGCGCGGCAUCAGAGAAAUAA